AAAAAAAAAAAUAAAUAAAAACAAAAAGCUUGCGGCAUGGACCAGGAAUAACCGCAUAGCAGACACCCCACCGCCUGCCCACUCCAUCAUGGGCAAUGCUCAGUCCACUGACGGGCCCCGGAGAACAACCCAGCGGCUGUCGAAGCCGAGGACGGGCAAUCAUGCGACACCCGGCCUGUUGAGUCCGGGCGUUUUCUCCUCUAGUCGCUCCCGCCACCUCUCCAAUGCUCAGCUGCCGGGUCCCCAAGAGCCAUCCCCGACAGUCAGCUCGACGCCCACAACGUCGUCCGCUCCCGAGGUGGCUGCUGGCGGUCCCGGCUCACACGUCGACAAUAUCGCGCCCUUCUUCCCUCCGGCACCGGCCUCGCAGGAAGAGUUGAAGCGAAGGAGCCUGUUCCGCUCCAGGUCAACCCGGGGUGACAAUACUGCCCGGCAAAACCACAACGGCGGCCCGGGCUCGCAGCCUGUGAACAGGACGAGCAGGGCUAGUUCCGUGACAUACGAGUCUGCAGUGGCGUGUUAUGGGCAGGCGGAGUUUGAGACCCGGCCAGCCCAAUCCGACCGCCGCACGUCGGUGAACUACAAUCUCACCUCGUACGAGGCAAAGCGACUGUUGAACCUGGCAGAGGAGCCGCAUCUUGAGAGAGCAGCGGCCAUGUCAGACAAUAUGAUUGCAGUCACGGAACCCACGUGGAAUCCAUGCAAUCAGGGAAACAACCCCAGCUCUCCAAUCACUCGCACCAGCUCGGACGUCUCGCUGUACAUGCCGGUUAGGAGACGAUCUCUGAUACAGACCCCCGGUGUAGCCACUCGGUCCAGUUUGGCCCACGAUAUUCCCCCCGUAUCGCGAGUGAGCGUUCGCCAUAGCCUUCCUGUGACACCGCGUUUGUCACGUCAGCAAUCAGUCGAGUCAUACAGGAAUGGUACUAUGCCGACAGAGCCGUGGAUGGCCGAGUCUGAGUCCUCGCCGCGCGUGGCGACGCCUUGCGAGGACGACUAUCUGUCAAUCGGCGCUUUCAAGCUCGGGUCGCUACGCAUUACCAAUGGUUUCCCGAGCCCCGUCACUCCGGACGUUGAUGAAAACCGUGAUGAGAAUGACGGCAGCGAAUCCCGUCCUGCGGCUGUGCAGGAGGGGUAUUUCACGAAACCGCAGAACUCGGAGAGCGACAUCACUCCUGGUGCAGCGACUCGGAAUGACAUGGCCUCUCCCAAAGUAGUUUCCGAGAUAAGCCAUAGUCCGUCCUCGGCGCCAACAACUCAAGAGCGACUCGCAAGCCAGGGGCUCCAGACGACAUCUAAGACUACCGCGCUAGACGAUCAGCUGUUCAAUGACGAUGCGCAGCCAGAGUACUCCUCUGUCGAGGUCUUGGACGUUCGCCCGGAUCCAAAUGCGAAGCCACCGCAUGCGCAACUUGCGCGCAGUAUCGACUCCAGUGUAAAAAGGGCUGACAGCGGCUUCGUAAGCAUGGGGAGGCCGUCUUCUGAAGGUUGCUGCAAACCUCUGGCCAAAGCGGAUUCUGGGUACAGUUCUAAUGUGUCCCUCCGCUCAUUUCAAGCCAAAGCGCAGGGUGUUGAGAAUCAGUCGAACGCCUCCCCGUUGGAGAAACAGUUCUCACGACCAUCGAACAAGAGGGCUGAAGACCAAGUUGGCUCGGAAACUCAGGAGUCUCCCGGCCGGCUUGAUGUGCUCCGUCCUACAAGUCUUGAAAUCGAGGCCCCUCCGCCACCCGUGCCCCCAAAAAAUAUCGCUCGGCCCUCGUUCGAUUCUCGGCCCCGGCUUGACAGUACUACAAAAAGCGUCCGAGCUCACGACUUAAGCGGGGGAGAGAGGUCGAAAACGCCCAACGCAGUCAAGUAUGUGCCAAAACCUACCGUCACCGUCCUCCCCGACAGUGAAUGGCCAAUGCCGCUUGGACCUGAAGCGUGGGGCCCAGAAAGCGUCAGCUCAUCUGCCUCUGGCAAGCUGAGCUCUCCGCGGAGCACCACCGGCGGGGUUCAGAAACCCGGCCGGCUACAGCGGUUUUUGGGCGGGGCCCGUCGAGCCACCAUAAGUACGCCCGCGGUUGGCACCCUGCACGCUUUCGAACAUGACUGCAUUCCGCCUGUACCCAGGGAGGCCGAGCAGAAGCUACGAGGACGGCCAUCUCGCGUUCACUCGACACCGAAGAGGCCGGCACCUCGGUCACGCCCUAGCUUGGAUACAUUGAAGACGAUUUUUAGCGUGGGAAGCAUCGAAGCAAGUCUGGACGCCGUCAACACAAUGCAUGCCAAACCCGCCGCAUCCGGUUCGGAGAACAAGGAGGGUGCCUGGAAACAGGGCUUGCAGUCCGUUCCGGCUUCCCUCGCCAACAUCGCGGGACACGUUAUCCCGAGGAGGACGAGAGUUGGGAAAUCCGUUCUUGUCCGUCAGGGGGAAACGGCGCAAGAUUCGCAAGGAAGCAAAAUCGGAAGCAAGAAUGUUACCCGCGGCGACCUGCCCCGGGUGGGCAUCAGUGCACCCGUCUCUCCCCCGAAGUCGGAGUCGGGGAAGAGAACUAUGAGCCUCACGUUCGAGGGCGAGCGGGCGAUGGCGCCGAGCCGCCGUACGUUUGACGCUAACUCUACCCGCCCUCCUCCUCCGGGCCUUCCCUCCCCAGCGCUCCCCAGUCCAAUCGCCAAGGCGAUGUCAGCCGAGAGUAACAACAGGGCGCCGGAGACUGCCCACUCAAUCAGAAGGCCACAGAUACUUCGCGUGCCUCCCAGUCUCAGCCGGAAAGCGAGUCGCGAGAGUCUCCAGAGUAAUUCGGCUUCACAUCCAUCCCUUGCGAGGCAAACUAGCAUGAGCAGCAUACGAAGCUACCACUCGAGCCAAGUUAGUGUAGGAUACAGCUCUACAUACUUGAGGACGCAGAGUCUAGUGUCCAUGGACCCCCGCAGGUUUCGGUCAUUCCGGCAAUACAGUCUUGAAACAUCCCCCUAUAAUUCACCCACUAGGGAGGUUCAUGGCAACUUCGCCCGCGGUACCUCCCAGGCGCUCGCAGGCAAUGAGGGUCGGCGCAACUCCAUCUCCUCAGUCCGAAGCGAAGGCGUCUACCGGCCAGCGGAUGUCCACGGAUGGCACAUCCGGGUGCCGCAGCCGCCGUUACGACACCGGACAAGCUUUGAAGGAUAUCAUGGCUAUCAGCAGUGGUACCCUCAACAUGGAUAUCCUCCAUCCAUGUCCAACGGCUACACAGCACCCGCCAAGACGGGUUACGACCCCCGCAGCAGAGGACAGGUUAUUGCCGCCGCUACUUGGAGCCGAAGUCAGUUCGAUGCCGCUGCAGGACAGUGGUACCAGGGCCAGAGCCCGCAGUUUUACCCGCUGGGUCAUUCCCGGAGCCGCAGCAUGGGAAGUCAGGCCGGUCAGGGGCCGAAUCCGCCAUACCGCGUGCUACACAGUUACAACUCUCCUGCAUACCGCAACGCCCCGAUCUGGGGCUAGAUACAGCAGCGUCGAGAUUGUUAGCUCGGCAUGGCUCGACGAGGUCAGCUUGACAACGUUGUCAACAUCCCUUCCACCACCGUUCUGAUCUCGCACUUUUUUUCAUCAUCAGCAACAACUUCUCGGGUGUUAUCACAACCCUAUUCACACCUGCCAACCACGGCCAUUUUCCUAACGUUCAAUACCCCGCCGAGCCGAGGGGCCGGUAG